GAGUAAACAUUCUUAUGGCCAUAGUUAUAUCUUUCAAUGGUCUAUGUCACCACUUUGCAUGAGCAAAAGAGAGACAACUAAAAGUGGACUAAACAUAUAUAGAACACAAAUAUUUCCUUUCUAUAAUUAGAUGAAGUCUCUAUACUAACUAAAUUAACUGAACUUUGUUUGCCCUCAAUUCCCUCCUAACUCAUUGACCUCAUUCCCUAUAUUCCCUCUCUUUCCUUUGCAAAAUUUCAUUGAUUCAAAACUCAAUCAAUAGAAUCUUCUUUACAUUUAAUCAAUUUUCCUAACAAACUCUAAAAUCUUGUUUACAUUACCAUUCACAAACCCCAAUUGCUCUCACAAACCCAAUACUAUCAUAGAUUUCUCCCCUUUAAAUCUUCACUUUUUUUCCAAUUUUUUUCUGGGUGAUUUGCGAAUUUGCUUAAGACAUUGUUGGUUUUCAGAUGACCAACAAUCAAAAAGAAGAAGGUUCUUCAAAAUGGAUUCUUGGUAGUGGUGAAAUAGAUCAAAUAACAGAUUUUCCUGUGAAUGAUAACAACAAUAGUAAUAGUAUUAAUGAUCAAAAAAGCCCUAAAGGAAUAAAUUUUGGUAGAAUUGGAAGCAAUGCCAGAAAAAGGUUUGGAAUACUGGGAAAUGGUAAUGGAAAUGGAAAUGGUGCUCAACCUAAGAUGGGAAGAUUGAAAUCUACAGCUGCAAGAGGGUUGCAGAGUCUUAGAUUUCUUGAUGGCGCCACCGGAAAAGAUGGUGAUUCAUGGAAACCUGUUGAGAAAAGGUUCAAUCAGAAUGCUGUUCAAGGAAGGCUUCAUAGAGAAAAAUUUAGUGCUGUCAUUGGAAUGGGAGAUUCAAAAGAAUUUGCAGGGGAACUGUUUGAUACAUUGGCUAGGAGAAGAAAUGUUGAUGUCUCAAAUGGGAUUACAAUUGAUGAAAUGAGAAUGUUUUGGGAAGAAAUGACUAGUCAAGAUAUUGAUGCCCGGUUGCAGAUCUUCUUUGACAUGUGUGAUAAGAAUGGGGAUGGUAAAUUAUCCGAGGAUGAAGUUCGAGAGGUUUUAGUGUUGAGUGCUUCAGCUAAUAAACUAAACAAACUCAAGUCACAAGCAGGAAAUUAUGCAGCUUUGAUCAUGGAAGAACUAGACCCUGAUCACCAAGGAUAUAUAGAGUUGUGGCAACUCGAAACGUUGCUAAGGGGAAUGGUGACUUCUACUGAUGAAGGAACUAAAAUGAAGAGGAGUCAAACCUUAACAAAAACCAUGAUUCCCAAAAGUUUUAGGAACCCAAUAUCAAAAUUAGUUAAUAGCACAAAAGAAUUUGUUUUGGAUAAUGGGAAGAGGAUUUGGGCAGUCGGGCUUUGGUUAACCAUAAACGCGGUACUUUUCUAUUACAAAUUCAAUUCUUAUAAGAAGCAUCCAGCAUUUCCGAUCAUGGGUUAUUGUGUUUGUGUUGCAAAGGGUGCUGCCGAGACACUUAAAUUCAAUAUGGCCUUAAUUUUGCUUCCUGUUUGUCGAAGAACUCUUACGCGUUUAAGAUCAACGUUUCUUAGUAGAAUAUUUCCUUUUGAUGAUAAUAUUAACUUUCAUAAGAUGAUUGCUGCUGGGAUCACAGUUGGGACAUUUUUACAUGUUUUAAUGCACAUGAGUUGUGAUUUUCCGAGGCUCAUUUUGUGUCCUAAAAACCAAUUCUUGAGAUGGCUCGGUCCAAAUUUCAACUUCAAGCAGCCGACUUUUGCUGAUUUGAUUAAUAGCAUACCGGGAAUGACUGGUAUUAUUAUGAUCCUUCUUAUGGCUUUUGCCUUCACACUAGCCACACACUCUUUUAGAAGGAAUGUUAUCAAAUUGCCUUGGCCAUUCUUGCAUUUAGCCGGGUUUAACGCCUUUUGGUAUGCUCAUCAUCUCCUUGUGGUUGUGUACAUUCUCUUGAUUAUUCAUGGGUACUUCUUGUUUCUCACUAGGGAUUGGUACAAGAAAACGACAUGGAUGUACAUAGUUUUUCCGGUUUUGCUCUACGCUAGUGAAAGAACAUUGACAUCGUUCCACGAUCACAAUCAUCAUGUCAAUAUCCUAAAGGCUGUCAUAUAUCAAGGAAAUGUUCUGGCAUUAUACAUGAGCAAACCGCCUGGUUUUAAAUACAAGAGUGGAAUGUACUUGUUUGUCAAGUGUCCCGACAUCUCUAGCUUUGAAUGGCAUCCGUUCUCUAUCACUUCAGCACCCGAUGAUGCCUACCUAAGUGUACAUAUUAGAACCUUGGGAGAUUGGACUACAGCACUUCGAGAAAGUUUUGCAAAGGCCUGCGAGCCUCCAGCCAAUCGGCCAGCAAAAGGAAGGCUAAUGAGAAUGGAAACAAAAGCAGUGACAGACUAUGACUGUCAACCAGCUAGUUUUCCACAUAUAAUCAUCAAAGGCCCAUAUGGAGCUCCGGCACAGAACUACAAAAAGUACGACAUUCUAUUGCUUAUUGGACUAGGAAUCGGAGCAACUCCCUUUAUCAGUAUCCUCAAAGACCUCUUAAAUAACUUGAAGGAAAGCAGUUCACAGGAUAUAGAGAGCCGAAAAGGGCCUCAAAGAGCUUAUUUCUAUUGGGUUACAAGAGAACAAGGAUCUUUUGAUUGGUUUAAGGGUGUCAUGGAUGAUAUUGCAGAAUAUGAUUCAGAUCAUGUGAUAGAAAUGCAUAACUACUUGACUAGUGUGUACGAAGAAGGCGAUGCUCGAUCUGCACUUAUUCAGAUGGUGCAGUCAUUGCAGCAUGCCAAGAAUGGACUCGACGUGGUGUCAGAAAGCCGGAUAAGAACACAUUUUGCAAGGCCUAACUGGAGGAAGGUGUUUAUGCAAUUAGCUGCCUCACAUGGAUCACAAAGAAUAGGUGUAUUCUAUUGUGGUAGUCCAACUUUGACAAAACCAUUGAGGAAGCUUUGCCAAGAAUUCAGUCUUAGCUCAACAACCAGAUUCCAUUUUCACAAGGAGAACUUUUAGGUUUAGCAACAAAAGUUAUAUAUAGUGGAUUAUUCAUGUUGUUGUAGCAAAAAGAUAAAUUCAAAAACUAAGCAUACCUUUUUGACUCAUUUUUGUGUAGUUGUAUGUAGCUUGUAGAUCUUGCUUGAUAUUAAAUGAAAGUGACCCAU